AAAUCAGAUAUAAUCGGAAAAUGUCUUCAAUCAAGUAUUUAUUGGCUAUUGCUGUAAUUGCCACUUUGGCCACCACUGCCUUUGCUGUCCAUUGCUACCAAUGCGAUUCCCUGACCAACAAGAAAUGUGGUGAACAAUUCGAAGCCGAGGAAAGCAUGAAGGUCGAUUGCGGUAAGGCUGCUGCACCCGCCUAUCUGCUGUCAUGGAUAACUGGAACCAAUCUAAAUGCCACCGGCUGUAUGAAACAAACUGUGGAUGCCAAAGUGGGCGGCAUACACAUUGUUCGUACCUGCUAUUUCGGUGAUAUUUCCCAAACCGACAAGGGUUGUAAAUUGAACCCCACCGAUUUGUUGUCCUCCCAACUGUCUUGUGAUGUCUGUGCUGGAGAAUUGUGCAAUGGUUCCACCUCGAUGAUGCCUGUUCUUAUGACCAUUGUGGUAUUCUUUGGCUUGGCUCGCCUAUUCUCUUAG